AAAUGGACAAAUACACCGCAUGUGUAUGGCCACGUCUGGAGCCCUUCCUGAUCGGUGUGCUUCCUGCCACACCCCCAAGCAAAUUCAGCAUGCAUUAUCUGCGCAAGAUGGCCUGUUAUGUCCGGACCCGGGAUGGUUGCUUCCCCAGGCUUGGCUGGCACAUGUGGCGACACAUCGCUUGUGGCAAACUGCAGCUGGCAGAGGAGCUUGCCUGGCUGUAUUUUGAAACUUUUGAUCUGUUGAUGCCUCGUUCUGCAGAGCAGAGAUUAGAGUGGGCUGAAUCUCUAUCUCAGUGCCACACUCCUAAGGAACUUGACAGGCAGCGCUGUAAGCUGUCAGUGGACACUCUGCAGUUUCUACUCUUCUUGUAUCUACAGCAACUAAACCGAAUUUCUCUUCGCACUUCACUGAUUGGGGAAGAGUGGCCAAGUCCCAGAUCACGAUCUCUCUCUUCUUCCUCUGAGAGAGACAACAAAAUAAGCUCCCAAAAUAAGAACUGGGACGACCAGGCUCAUCUUACUUUCAUCCAGACACACCUGGCUGAGCUUUUGGAGCUACUAGUGGAGCCAGGCCAGCUGAGCAAUUCAGGGCAGCUUCUGCGUGACAGCCAGCUCACUUCAGAGGCCUUGGAAAGCCUCAGUUUGUUGCUGGAAGGAUCUGUGAGCCAUAGCCUUACCGUGUACCCAAUCCACAAGCUCCUCAGCCACAUGCCACUGCAGUCUCAGGCAGGAUUCUCCAAACUCAGCCACUCCUACUCUCUGCAGCAGUUCCAGGGGUUUCUGCAUCAGGCCCUUUGCCUCAACCCCUUCGGCAUCUCCACCUGCUCACAAUCGGGAAAGAAACUGGCUUGGGCCCUGCAAGUAGAGGGCACCCUAAAGAAAGCCAAAAUAUUCAGAAAUACUCACAUGGCUCCUCCAGGAAGUCGACUGCUGCUCAUGUCGCAGGUUUGCAAACAGACGUUGGCCAAAGACUCUGAAAAGCUGAAUAAUGCCAACAUCAAACUCCACCGCUGCAGUGAAGCUUUCAUCUAUCUUCUCUCUCCUCUGCGGUCCGUGACCUUGGACAAGUGCAGGAACUGUACAGUGGUUCUUGGCCCGGUGGGGACCAGCAUCCACAUUCAGAGUUGUGAGAAUGUCCGUGUGGUGUGUGUGGCUGGCCGUCUGACCAUAAGUGGCUCAUCUCACUGCACAAUCCAUGCCCUUACCCCUACUCGACCCCUUCUCCUUCCUGGGAAUGUGUCACUAACACUGGGCCCCUUCCACACACAUUAUCCCACUCUAGAGGACCACAUGGCUAGUGUGGGCCUAGCAGUGGUUCCCAAUUCAUGGGACCUACCUCUGCUGUUUGGUACCUCUGCCGAGGGUUCCAUUACAGACACUAGCUGCUACCGCAUCCAGCCCCCCUCUGAGUUUUAUCCGCUGGUGAUACCCUUCAAAAUGGAGGGGGAUAACUGUGAGAUCCCUUGGGGCCUGCCGACAGACUACCAAAAGGCCGUGGAGAGCCGAGAGAAGGCGAUAGAAGACUGGCAAAAGACUGUGAAGGAAGCACACCUAAACAAGGUUCAGAGACGGCAGUUUCAGGCCUUAGUGGAGCAGAAGUUUCAUGAGUGGUUGCUUGAGACAGGACAAAGACAAGAGCUUGACAGUCUCCACCCUCCUGUCCUCACCCCCUCCACCUCUGUAGACCACUGGCCUGCCAGCCACACCUCCAUCUCUCGACAGAAUGUACUCCAAGAUCAACCACCAGAACCAGCAAUGGGACGGGCACCAACUGUUUGCUAAGAGAACAGCUAAACAACCAAAAGCUGCUUUUGCCCUCUUUCCACCAAAAAAAAAAAAAACUGAUCUUCAAACAUUAGUGUUCCUCUGGUAUGAAGACUGUCAGUGCUGUAUCAGGUUUUGACAGGGACUUUGUGUCCUGUCACAUUAUGGACAUGUAGAGAAAUCUAUGCUGGAUUAGUUUGUAGAGAUGCAGGGUUAUUGCUGCAGGUGUCUUGAUAGUUUUAGCAUUAUGCUACUUUCUGUUAUAAGACAUCAGUGAUUCCAGAGGUUGAUGUGCAAGAGAAUAUCACCACUAGAGAGUCAUUAUUUAAUUAAAACAGCAAUGCUCCCUUCAUAUGAAUUUAGAGGAAACGAGGAUGAGAAAUGUGCAGGUGUGUACUGUAAUUAUUGACAAAUAUGUCUCAGACUCAAUUGGUACGUGGCAUAACACAUAUGCUCACUAAAGAGUUUGCAGCUAUUGCCUCCUGAAAUCUCAUGGGCUAGUAUAAAUGUUUAUAUUUCUCCUUUGCUGUAUGUUUGUUCACAAUGCCUUGCACUGUAUUUGCACUAUAACUGUAUCUGCACAAUUCUGAUUCCAUCAACGCUUUUUUAACAACACUCAUUUAAAAAGUCUCUUAAAUGUAUUCAUUCCUUAAGGGAACAUUUAAAAUAUGUUUGACUCAGCAUUUUAUAGGUUAGUGUACAUAUUCUAUAGGUAGCUCUGUGACUUGAAUAUUGACUAUUAAAUUGGGUUUCUUAAAAGUGAAAUGGUUUGGGUGUUUAAUAAACCAUAACUAUUUUCAUAUUCGGUUUGAGGAAAAUUUUAGCUAUUCAGACUUUUGACUUCAUUAAAAACUGAACACACCCCUGAAUCUUUCCCUUGAUCUUUAAUUGCCAUAUUGAAUAAAUAGAACUUAGCUUUGGCUUGCUGAAUGGAGUAUAUGUGUGUAAUACAUGUCAAAUUAAACACGUGACAUUCAGUUGUCAUUGCAAAAAAAUAUAUAUUUUUA